CAGCGACCGCCUGUGUGCGCGCCGCCGCCGCCGCCGCCGCCGUCGCCGCGCCCGAGCGGCAUCCGAGCCCGAGCCGCGACCGUCGCCACCCCGCCGGCUCCGCGGCCGCCCGCCCGCUGGGAGCUGUCCAGUGCUGAAGCCGGCGCCGACAGCCAAUCGCGCCGGCCGGCCGCCUCCCCCACCGGGCCUCCCGUGCCCUGAGAGCCCCCCGCCCGGCUGCACCAUGCCGCGUUCCUUCCUGGUGAAGAAGAUCAAAGCGGAUGGCUUCCAGUGCAGCGGGGUGCCAGCCCCCACCUACCACCCCCUGGAGACUGCCUACGUGCUGCCUGGCACCCGCGGGCCUCCGGGGGACAACGGUUAUGUGGCGCACUGUCUGCCCCCCAGCGGUUACGAUGGCGAGCAGAAGCCGGGGUUGGAGCUGGCGCCCGCCGAGCCCGCCUACCCGGCCGCGGCGUCCGAAGAGUACAGCGACCCCGAGAGCCCACAGUCCAGCCUGUCGGCGCGCUACUUCCGCGGGGAGGCGGCCGUGACCGACAGCUACUCCAUGGACGCCUUCUUCAUCUCUGACGGGCGUUCGCGGCGGCGCCGGGCCGGGGCUGGCGGGGACGCGGCGGGUGCAGGGGACGCGGGCGGCGGCGGCGGUGGCGGCGGCGGCGGGGAGCGCGCGGGGCGCUCGGGGGCGACGGCGGGAGGCGGGCACCGGCACGCAUGCGCAGAGUGCGGCAAGACGUACGCCACGUCGUCGAACCUGAGCCGCCACAAGCAGACGCACCGCAGCCUGGACAGCCAGCUGGCGCGCAAGUGCCCGACGUGCGGCAAGGCCUACGUGUCCAUGCCCGCGCUCGCCAUGCACGUGCUCACGCACAACCUGCGCCACAAGUGCGGCGUGUGCGGCAAGGCCUUCUCCCGGCCCUGGCUGCUCCAGGGCCACAUGCGCUCGCACACCGGCGAGAAGCCCUUUGGCUGCGCGCACUGCGGCAAGGCCUUCGCCGACCGCUCCAACCUGCGCGCGCACAUGCAGACGCACUCGGCCUUCAAGCACUACCGCUGCCGCCAGUGCGACAAGAGCUUCGCGCUCAAGUCCUACCUCCACAAGCACUGCGAGGCUGCGUGCGUUAAGGCCGCCGAGCCGCCGCCUCCCGCCGGCCCGGCCAGCUGAGCCU